GCUUCGGGGCAGAAGCCCGGAGUCGCCGUCGACGUCGCCAGCGCCGGCGCUUCUGCCGCUGCUCGCGGCCCUUUGGCCUCCUCCCCCGCCGUGGCCCCAAGUCGGCCCUCCAGCCGAGCCCCGCCGGGCGCUGGGAGGCCCUGGCGUUGCACAGCCGGCCCCGACGCCGUGCCGCCCCGCGCCUCGCCGUGCUGUCUGGUCCCCGGGGCCGCGCUGCGCUGUCUCCUUCCCCAGGACUGGUUCCGAGGGGUUCGCGGGCGCGCAGAUUCGGCUCCCGCUGGAGCGGCCCGGCCCGGGAGCGGCCCCGUGUAGACGUGCGAGGAGCCUGCGGAGUGCCGUCUCGGCGCCCGCCCGCCCACCGUUCGGCCCGCCGGCCCGCUUCUUCCUGAUGCAGACUGCCGUCCACUAGAGGCUGGACAGGACCCCCGAGAGAGACCGAGAGAGAGAAAAAGGAAGAAGCAUAAUUCAGCCAUUUUUUGCAGCACAGAGCUGCAGGUGAUUCAUGGCAGGGGACGUGGAAGGAUUCUGUUCCUCCAUCCAUGACACCAGUGUCUCUGCUGGGUUCAGAGCACUGUAUGAGGAGGGACUGCUUCUUGAUGUCACUCUGGUUAUUGAAGAUCAUCAGUUCCAGGCCCAUAAAGCACUUUUGGCCACCCAGAGUGAUUACUUCAGAAUUAUGUUUACUGCCGACAUGAGAGAACGAGAUCAGGAUAAAAUUCACUUAAAAGGUCUAACUGCUACUGGCUUCAGCCACGUCCUUCAAUUUAUGUACUAUGGAACUAUAGAACUGAGUAUGAAUACUGUUCAUGAGAUUCUUCAGGCUGCCAUGUAUGUUCAACUUAUAGAAGUGGUGAAGUUCUGCUGCUCUUUUCUGUUAGCGAAAAUCUGCUUAGAAAAUUGUGCAGAAAUUAUGAGACUCUUAGAUGAUUUUGGUGUAAACAUCGAGGGAGUCAGGGAGAAGCUGGAUGCCUUUCUCCUAGACAACUUUGUGCCACUCAUGUCCAGGCCUGACUUCUUGUCCUAUCUGAGCUUUGAGAAGCUCAUGUCUUAUUUGGAUAAUGAUCAUCUGAGCAGGUUCCCAGAGAUAGAGCUGUACGAGGCUGUGCAGUCUUGGCUUCGGCAUGACAGAAGACGCUGGAGACAUACUGAUACCAUCAUUCAGAACAUCAGGUUUUGUUUGAUGACCCCAUCCAGUGUUUUUGAGAAGGUUAAAACAUCAGAAUUUUACAGAUACUCCCGACAGCUGCGCUAUGAAGUUGACCAAGCAUUGAAUUACUUCCAGAAUAUACAUCAGCAGCCUUUGUUGGACAUGAAAUCAAGCCGCAUUCGUUCUGCCAAACCCCAGACUACAGUAUUCCGAGGAAUGAUUGGACAUAGCAUGGUUAACAGUAAAAUACUUCUCUUAAAGAAACCAAGAGUCUGGUGGGAGCUGGAGGGCCCACAAGUACCUCUUCGACCAGACUGCCUUGCUAUCAUCAAUAACUUUGUGUUCCUGUUAGGUGGGGAAGAACUGGGCCCGGAUGGUGAAUUCCAUGCUUCUUCCAAAGUGUUCAGGUAUGACCCAAGACAGAACUCGUGGCUGCGAAUGGCAGACAUGUCUGUACCACGCUCAGAAUUCGCAGUCGGUGUUAUCGGGAAGUUCAUUUACGCUGUAGCAGGCCGAACCAGAGAUGAGACCUUCUAUUCAACAGAGAGAUAUGACAUCACCAAUGAUAAGUGGGAAUUUGUGGACCCUUACCCAGUUAACAAAUAUGGACAUGAGGGGACAGUGCUCAAUAACAAGUUGUUUAUCACUGGUGGAAUCACCUCAUCUUCCACCUCUAAACAAGUAUGCGUGUUUGACCCCAGUAAAGAAGGGACCAUAGAGCAACGGACCAGGAGAACUCAAGUAGUUACCAACUGCUGGGAAAACAAGAGCAAGAUGAAUUACGCAAGAUGCUUUCACAAGAUGAUUUCUUACAGUGGCAAGCUUUAUGUCUUUGGUGGGGUCUGUGUGAUCUUGAGGGCCUCUUUCGAAUCUCAGGGCUGCCCAUCCACAGAAGUGUACAACCCAGAGACUGAUCAGUGGACCAUCUUGGCAUCGAUGCCGAUUGGGAGAAGUGGCCAUGGUGUGACUGUGCUGGACAAACAAAUAAUGGUUCUUGGAGGCCUUUGUUAUAAUGGUCACUACAGCGAUUCCAUUCUCACUUUCGACCCAGAUGAAAACAAAUGGAAGGAAGAUGAGUACCCUCGGAUGCCCUGCAAGCUGGAUGGUUUACAAGUAUGCAACCUGCAUUUUCCGGACUAUGUACUGGAUGAGGUCAGGCGUUGCAACUAAUGACAUCUUUUUCCCUCAAAAAAAAGGCAAACAAAACAUUUGUUUGUGGUAAAGUAGAUAGGUAAAAAGCAUAAGGAAAAACCUCACCAGUUUUACUAUCAAAGCCAUUGGUCUAAUAUUGUAAGAAUUUUUCAUUCUGUGCUAGCAUCCCUUUUUUCUUUUCAGUGGCCUCAAACUCAUGCAAUAAGUUAAUUCUAAGUGCUAGCUCUUGAAACUACUUCCAGAAGCAGUUUAAUAGAAUGCUCCACUUAUCUGGGAAGUUGAUUUUCUGCUUUAAAUAUUUCUUUCAGAUGUUAGCGUAGGAGUCCUGCAUCUUCUAAGAGAAGACCCAAUAAAUGUCACUGGAUGUGAUUUCAGUUCCUAGCUCUAUCUGAAACCUUUUUGAACAUUAAUUUCAGUGUUUUAAUCUGUUAAAUGUUUUGGUUUUAUUAUUUAAAAGUUUAAAACUCGACCUUUUUGCAUGGCUUUUUGCUGAAAAUGCAAAAAUAUAAAUUUUCUACAAAGUUAACUUUUUAUAUUCAGAACACUAUUUCUAAGCUGCCUUCUCUUAUCCGCAAUGUGUUAGUGAAAGCAUAUCCAUACUCGCAUACAUCCUAUAAAUAUAUAAGGCACAUCCCUUUUAUGCGUGGUUAGGAUUCUAUAUUUUUAAGCUAGUGCACUUGCACACACGGUUCGCCAUACUUGUUGAAUUUUAGAUGUGACGUGUUUUCAUGUCUUAACAUUCUUAGAAAGUUAAAAUAAAACUGGAGUCUUCAUUUGGUAUCAAAGUAGCCAGUCUUCAGUCCAUACAGAUUCAGUGAUAUUUGAACUCCUUAUAUUCCUGAAAUGCGUAUGGAUUUAUGAAAAAACUAGCAUUUUAUGUUUUAUCUUCAAAAGUGAAUGUUGGUGUUCUUUAUUGAUGUCUUGUCUUUUUGAAAAUGUUUUUCUUUGCAGUCUAUAGUGUUGUCCUGUUUUUAGUGAGAAUCGGAGUGGUAUAUGACAAACUCUGAAUCUGACCCUGCAGCGUGCAAGUACUUUUAAAGAGAAUUUAGGUAAUACCAGAUGCCUAAAUGCCCCUUAAAAGUAAGUGCGACUCCCACUCUUUACAUUUAGCAAGGCUGCUUGCUGCAUCUGUUAUUGAAUGGGGGGUAGCAACUCUUAGAAAAAUUAGCUCAGUUUUGAUUUAAAAGGUAAGAAAGAGAAUUAUAAUGUUACUGGUUAUACCUGCUUAUUUAUUUCCUACAAAAUGUUCAGUGGCACUAGGGAUAUUAGCCCUCAGGUUUUGUUUUAUUUACCAGAAGCCACUAAUGUGAAGGAUAGUAACCACAAAAUUCAGAAUGGAUCAAGAGUAGCUGUUUAAAAGGAGUAGAAUAGAUAUUUUAGAAUUAAUUGUACCUUUAAAUUUUAAGAGAAGAAAAUACAGAUGACAGAAUUAAGCAAGAGUGAAUCGUUUAAGCAGAUGCCAUUUUCUCAUGAGUAGUCUAUAUUUGAUACAGACUAAAUCUACAUUGGCAAAACUUGCCAGAUCUUAGGAUAUUGGUGCAAUAUUGCAAUGCCUUCCACAUGGCUGCUGUUGUCUACAUUUUCUAGUUUUUUUUUUUUUUUGCUGCUGCCACCAUUGAACAUAAAGUGGAAGCGUGAAGUCAUGGAAAUGUGAAGACUUUGGUUUUUUUUGCUGUUCAGUCAGACAUAUUGCAAAAUAAAACCCAAAUUUAAAAUGCCAAAAUUUAGAGACAUUUUAACUUAAAAAUAAUGUACACAAGUAGCUUUUU